AGCGGUCCCCGCACCGGCCCAUCCUGCAAGCAGGGCUCCCUGCCAACAAGACGGUGGCCCUGGGCAGCAACGUGGAGUUUGUCUGCAAGGUCUACAGUGACCCCCAGCCCCACAUCCAGUGGCUGAAGCACAUCGAGGUGAACGGCAGCAAGAUCGGCCCCGACAACCUGCCCUACGUGCAGAUCCUGAAGACGGCUGGCGUUAACACGACAGACAAAGAAAUGGAAGUCCUUCACUUAAGGAAUGUCUCAUUUGAGGAUGCUGGGGAGUAUACAUGUUUGGCGGGUAAUUCUAUUGGGAUCUCCCAUCACUCUGCAUGGUUGACAGUUCUCGAAG